UCUUAGUGGGCAGGCCGCCGUUUCUGUUGAGUUCCGUUGAAUAGCUGUGUGGUCUAUGGGUUGGGCUGGCGCUACUGUAUGCCAUAGAAGCACCAGCUGAUUGUCUUGCAAGGACAGCAUGGAUACUGAACUUGAUGACCAUGUUGCCUUUGGCAAGCUUCAGACCAUCAAUGAAAUCAGGCGCGGCACCAGCCAGCUGGAACGGCUGAAGCAGCGGCUGAUGACCGAGCUGGAGGUGUCGGAUGCCGAGAGCCGCUCGCUGCUCGAAUACCGGCGCGAGAUGGACCUGCUGCUGCAGGAGAAGAUGGCGCACGUCGAGGAGCUGCGUCAGAUUCACGCCGACAUCAACGCCAUCGAGGAGGUGGUGAAGCAGUCGGAGGAGGCGCGCGGCCGCAGCCUGGAGUCGGCGCGCCGCCUGCACGCCGAGUACCGGCCGCUGAAGGGCCAGCUUGACCGACUGCGCCAGCAGCUCGGCCUGGCCCCGCUCACUGACAUCGCCGACCUCGAGCCGGACCUGCCCGUCAACGAACUGCUGGAGAAGAGCUCGCAGGAGGCUGGUCAGCGCGGCGCGGCCGAGCGCCCCGAGUCGGGCCUCCACGCAUUGGCCGCCAACCCGGCAGGCUCCGCCCACUUUCUGGCGGCCGGCCAGCCGCUGCCGGUGAUGCGCGUCAGUAAGCCGGAGCCCCGCCCCCCGCUGGUGCCGGCCGGGCCGUCGCCGACGCCGUUCAGGCAGCAGCCGCCGCCCAUGAAGUCCUGCCUCUCCUGUCACCAGCAGAUCCACCGCAACGCACCCAUCUGUCCUCUCUGCAAGGCCAAGUCCCGUAGCCGCAACCCCAAGAAGCCCAAGAAGAAGGACUGAGCUGGCUCUGCGGGGCCGUGCGCGUCUCAUCCGCCUCCGAUCUUAGUGGCAUGUCUCGUGCUCAUCGCGCGCUCUUGCGUCGGGAUUCGCUUACGUCUCAGUAUUUUUUUAGUCGUGUUUGACGGCGGUGUGACGUGCACUUUGAGUUUGUUUCGCCUCCGCUGAUCACUCCAUCAUUCAGGACUGUUCUCACUCAGCUUUGUGUUAUGAGCAUUUGUAUCCACCCCAAUGUGUUGAAGCUCUGGCCAAUGUUCUGGCCCCGGUCCUGUGCGCAAUCUCACGGCGCGCGUGCGCGCCCGGCCGAGACUGGCAAGCGCGUUUUCUGUGGGUUUCCCAUCUUUGCUGCUGUUUCUCAUAAGCAAGAUCUCCCAUGUUGCCUGCUGCUGGGGCUGGGGCUGGCGGCCACAUGGAGCCCCCGCGUGCCGCAUGCUGUGUCUUGUAGUAGGGUCCGCCGCCGGCUGCUCUCCCCUGGAGAUGGCGUGGCAGUCGCUUUACGAUGCCGACUGUGGCGUCAGCCACGGUCCAUGCAUGUGCCAAUGUUUACUCACGUGCCAAACGCACGAUUGUGCGGUUUUGUGCCAAAGACCUGUCCUUUGUACCCCCAUGUCGCGGAAUCUUCCCAACCACAUGUGCUGGGGACACGUAGGUGGUGCCGUGCCGGGUUAGCGAGUUUCCUUCUCUUCCUGACCUGCACUUGGAGCAUUAUUGUAAUGUUUAGUCUUUGAUCAUGUGCUUUAGCCAUGUUUGGUGUUAAGUUUGGUCCUGGAUUUAACCGUGCCUGUUUCAUAAUUGGUCUGCUUUGAAUUGUCAUAUGCAUUCCUUGGUUGGCUUGUGAUUUUUUCAUAGUGGUCGUUCUUCUCGCCAGUCGUGUAGCUCCUGCUUAGCUGGAAGUUAUACGAUCCUCACAGCUCGUGGGUGGGCAUGGCCGUGAUCCUCACAGCUCGUGGGUGGGCGUGGCCGUGAGCCAGUGAAGUAUAUUGUGAGAGAAUCGCGGCGAUCCCUCGGUGUUCUUGACUUUACCCACGAAACCACCGUCCCUUCCCAUCUCAACCGUAGGGCUGCUCGUGAAUGGUGGACGGGAACCGUUUGUGCUUCCUUCGCGUGCUCACAACCCCCUCCCCCUCCUGGGUGUGUUGGGCUGUUUCGGGGGUGGAAAGUCAGUUUCUCCUGCCCCGGUGGCCCCUCCCCCUCCCUGCCGUGCCGCACCCAGCCGCAGAGGUCCGCAGCACGUUUGCAUCAUGGGAAAGCCCGUGCGUCCCAGUUGCCGGGUAGCAUUAUUCGCGGGGACACCAAGGGCGCGCAGUUGUGUGGCUGCCGCACUGCGGCUACGGCGCGCGGGGUUCACACCGGCAGCCAGCGCCGAGCCGUUCGCGCCGCACAGCCGGCGACCCGAACUGGUGGCUGGCUCUUCUGGCGACCCGAGGUGGUAGGCGGCUCUCCACCGAGCCGGCGACCCCGGGCUGCAGUUUGCAGACUCGCAACCGCCUGGCCGUAGGUCGUCUAGGACAGACGAGUGGUGCCACGUCCUGUGUCAAUUUGGAGGGACUGUACUGAGGGAAGGCAUUCCGGUCUGGUAGCUCGAUGUCGUGCAGUUGUGUGUUGUGUUCGACGGUGUUUGUGGUUUGAGCGGCGUGCCGUGUGUGGAUGUGUUGUUCGUAGCGAGUGAAGCGUGCUGACCGUGCCGUGCUCUCUUGGAAGUGGGUUGGAGCGAGUCGCUGCCCUGCUCUCUUGGAAGUGGGUGGGGCGAGUCGCCGCCCUGCUCUCCUGGAAGUGGGUGGAGCGAGUCGCUACCCUGCUCUCUUGGAAGUGGGUUGGAGCGAGUCGUUGCGCUGCUCUCUUGGAAGUGGGUUGGAGCGAGUUGUUGCGCCGCUCUCUUGGAAGUGGGUGGAGCGAGUCGCUACCCUGCUCUUUUGGAAGUGGGUGGAGCGAGCCGCCGCCCUGCUCUCUUGGAAGUGGGUUGGAGCGAGUCGCAGCCCUGCUCUCUUGGAAGUGGGUAGAGCGACUCGCCGCCCUGCUCUCUUGGAAGUGGGUUGGAAUGAGUCGCUGUCAGUGAUCAUUCCUCUACGGAGGUAAGUUGACGCUACAAAGCUGCGUAUGUUGUGGAGGGAGAGAGUUGCGGCAGGAGAAGACCUAGAGAAGAGAAGGCUUCUAGGUUAUUGCCGCGUUCGGAGAGCACGGAGCUUGUGGUGGUGAACCAGCUCAGCGCCUGCUGGCUGAUGGCGAUCCCUCGGCGUGACCGCCGGCUGGGGCCGGGAUAGGAGCUGUGCUGGACGGCGGUUCACUGCUGGCUGACUAUGCACUGUCUGCUGUGUGGGUCGGUGUCCUGCGGCGGCCAGACGCAGCCUCAUUUGUAGGCUGCUAUCUGUUAUCUCCUGUUUGCGUGUAGUGAACGAAGGCAGACGGCUGGAUGUGCUUCGGUGCGCGGCGCCCACUUUGGAUGCUGGAGGUGACUCCGGUAUGGUUCCUAUGCAGUAAACUUGUCUUCUGGCGAUGUCAUUCGGCGACAUGUGCAUCAUGGGAUGACUAUGAAAUACAGUUACCCUUC